AUGGCCUACCUGAAGUCAAUCGCAGCAAUUGCUGCAUGCGCUGCGGCGGUUGAAGCAGCAGCUCUUCAUCCUCGCACCAACAAGACGCUGGUUGAUUCGCAAUCGCUCCGCGAUACGAUUGACAUUGACAACUUGUAUGCCAAGGCCGAGAUUCUUCAGGAGAUUGCCUACAACACACCUGGAAAGAACCGUGUGAUUGGCAGCCAGGGCCACGAGGAUACCGUGGAAUACAUCAAGGGCCAGCUCGAGGCAUUCCCUGACUACUAUGACGUGUACACUCAGGAUGUGCCUCUUUCAAUCGGAACCACUGCUACGCUCCGUGCAAACAACAACACCAUUGAGGCUUUUGCAGUAACUCUGGCUCCGGGCGGCAACGUUACCGGACCGCUCGUUGCUAUUCCCAACUUGGGCUGUGAAGAGGCGGAUUUCCCAGAAUCUCUCGAGGGCUCUGUAGCUUUGAUCAAGCGUGGUACAUGCUCUUACGGCGAAAAGGUGCAGAUUGCUGCUGCCAAGGGAGCCUUGGGUGUAGUGGCAUGGAACAAUGCUGAGGGCACUCUUGAGGGCUACUCGCUCCAAGUAUUGUAUCCCAAGGGCAAGUUUGUUCCUGUAGCCGGCAUCACCAUGGGCCAAGGAGAAGCGCUUCUUGCACAGCUGAACGCCGGUGUCAAGAUCAACAUCGACAUGUCGACAGACGCCAAGGUGUUCAACACUCGCAACGUGAUUGCGGAGACAAAGGCUGGCGACCACGACAACGUGAUCCACGUCAGCGGCCAUUCCGACUCGGUCACUGCUGGCCCCGGCAUCAACGACAACGGAUCAGGCACUAUUUCCAUUCUCGAGAUUGCCAUCCAACUGACCAACUUCACUGUCAACAACGCCGUGCGCUUCAGCUGGUGGACAGCAGAGGAAGCCGGUCUCCUUGGAGCCGAGUACUACGUGCACGAGCUUCCCCAAGCCGAGAAGGACAAAAUCCGUCUUUUGCUCGACUUCGACAUGAUGGCCUCGCCCAACUUUGCCUACCAAAUCUAUGACGGCGACGGCUCGGCAUACAACCUGACUGGACCGGUUGGCUCCGCCGAGGCCGAGCACGAGUUCGCCGCCUACUUUGACAGCAUUGGUCUCAACCAUACGGAGAUUGAAUUCGACGGCCGAUCCGACUACGGUCCCUUCCUCGAGGCUGGCAUUGCGUCUGGCGGCAUUGCCGGUGGUGCCGAGGGCAUCAAGACGGAAGAGGAGGCGGCCAUGUUUGGCGGAGGCGCUGGCGUUCCUUACGACGUCAACUACCACGAGGAUGGCGAUACCGUCAACAACUUGAACCUCGAGGCGUGGAUCGAGUUCACGAGGGCUAUUGCGCAUAUGACGGCCAAGUAUGCCGUCUCGUGGGACAGUAUCCCGCCCAGGAACGCAACGGCGGCGCAGAAGCGGUCAGAGCGGUAUGCCGAGUUCAAGCAGGCGUUCCAGAAGACAAAGAGGUACCAGAGGUGGGUAUAG